GUCCGGACUAGCUCAUAAUAAAGCUUGUCAUUAUAGCACUGCCUGUCUGUCUAAGUGCAUCGCAGCAUCAUUCGCAUUGUCAGUCUGCAAGCUGCGACCUCCACUCCGCAUCCCACGGCAAACUAAAGGCUGACCUGGUUUUCUGCUCUGGCGUUUCGCUUCAUCAUCGUAUCAGAGCAUCAUCUUCCUUCCGCGAGUUAUGUCGGACUGUAGGCGACAGUGGAACCGGGAGGAUGAGCUCCCUGUGUACUUGGCUAAACCCUCGACUGGACCCAACAAGCAUCGCAAGUCUCACGGGAUGUUCAGCUCCGUCGAGGGCGCGUAUGAUAGCAAGACUAUCGAUUUCGACCAGUACGCCGUCGGGAGGAAGGGGAACAGGAGCUCGCGGAGCAGUAGCAGGGAACGCAUCGUGGAUGGGGAUUUUGAAGCCUAUGAGAUCAGCGGGGGGUCUAUCAUCGGUUCCCGGGACGAAAGGGACGACGGGCGUCAGGGUGCCGAAAUCACGGAUCAGACUGGAAAAGAAUGUUGUAAUGAUGAGCAAAACAACGGGAAGAGCGAGCGGCUGCUGGUUAAAGGUGGAAGAGUGGUUAAUGAUGAUCAGUCCGUAUAUGCUGACAUUUAUAUUGAAGAUGGACUUAUUAAACAGGUCGGGGAGAACCUGAUUGUGCCAGGGGGUGUGAAGGUGAUCGAGGCUAAUGGGUGUUUGGUUAUCCCUGGAGGUAUUGAUGUGAACACCUGCCUGCAUAAGCCUUACCUGGGCUCUCCACCUGUGGAUGACUUCUAUCAGGGCACCAAAGCAGCUCUGGCAGGGGGCACCACCAUGAUCAUUGACCAUGUGACUCCACAGCCCGGCGACAGUCUAUUGGAGGCCUUUGAGAAGUGGCAGGAAGCGGCUGAUAAGAAGUCCUGCUGUGAUUAUUCACUUCAUGUGGAUAUCCCACAUUGGCAUGAAGGUGUGAAGGAGGAGCUGGAACAGCUGGUACAGGACAAAGGAAUCAACUCUUUCCAAGUGUACAUGGCUUACAAAGGGUUUUUCCAAAUGUCUGACUCUCAGUUGUAUGAAUCGUUCUCAUUCCUCAAGGAGCUGGGGGCAGUGGUGCUGGUGCACGCAGAGAAUGGAGACCUGAUAGCACAGGAACAAAGCAAAAUCUUGGGAAUGGGCAUCACUGGUCCAGAGGGCCACCCGCUGAGCCGUCCAGAGGAGCUGGAGGCGGAGGCUGUUUUCCGCGCCAUCACACUUGGCAACCGAGUGAACUGCCCUGUCUACAUCACCAAAGUGAUGAGUAAGAGUGCAGCUGAGACUGUGGCCAAUGCACGGAAGAAAGGCUCUGUUGUUUUUGGUGAGCCAAUCACAGCCAGCUUGGCAACUGACGGAUCACACUAUUGGAGCAAAAACUGGGCAAAAGCAGCAGCCUAUGUGACCUCUCCUCCCCUCAGCCCUGACCAGACUACACCUGACCACCUUAACUCUAUGCUGUCCUGUGGGGAUCUGCAGGUUGUGGGCAGUGGACAUUGUGCUUACAGCACCUCUCAAAAGGCCAUAGGGAAGGACAACUUUACCCUUAUACCCGAGGGGACAAAUGGAGUGGAGGAGAGAAUGGCUUUUGUUUGGGACAAAUCUGUGGCCAUGGGGAAGAUGGAUGAAAACCAGUUUGUUGCAGUUACAAGCACUAAUGCAGCCAAAAUCUUCAACCUGUACCCCCGGAAGGGUCGGAUAGCAGUGGGUUCAGAUGCUGACAUUGUUAUAUGGGACCCCGCUAAGAUCAAGACCAUCACAGCUAAAGCGCAGCAGUCGGCUCUUGAUUAUAAUAUUUUUGAGGGGAUGGAGUGUCGUGGUGGUCCGGUGUAUGUGGUCAGUCAGGGUAGGAUUGUGUUUGAGGAAGGGAAGCUUCAGGUUCAGCAGGGGACUGGACGCUAUAUCUCCCGCAAGCCUUUCCCUGAUAUUGCCUACCAGCGCAUUCAGUACCGCAACAAGAUGAUGACCAAUCAGGGAGUUUCUCGUGGGAUGUAUGAUGGUCCAGUAUAUGAUGUCCCAGCAACACCCAAAUACAUAACCCCAUCACCCUCUGCCAAGACCUCACCCACUACACACCAGCCUCCACCAAUCAGAAACUUGCAUCAGUCAAACUUCAGCCUAUCAGGGGCUCAAAUCGAUGACAACAUACCUAGGCGCUCCGGCCACCGCAUUGUAGCUCCCCCUGGUGGUCGUUCCAACAUCACUAACCUUGGUUGAGCCUUCUGCAGUGUGCGUGCGCGCGUAUGUGUGUGUGUGUGUGUGUGUGUGUGUGUGUAUGUGUGUGUGUAUGUAAAACAAAUCAUCAAUAUUCCCCUCUCACAGGGCCAUACUAUAAAUGCAUGUCAGAAUAUCACUACCUUACCUGUGCAGAAAACGUCCCAUCCACAGAGAAUAUUACUGUGUACAUUGUACAAUCACUGCUAAAACAAACCUAGAAAAAUAAGAUUGAAAGACAAUCACUUGGAAAUAUUAUACAUUCAUAAUGGAAAAAGUAGCAUUUAAACAAUUCUAAUACAACUACUUAUGUUUUUGAGUUGAGCCCCUCGUUCUGCUGACAUGACCCCAGUGUUUGUGACAUUGUGUUCUGCUAUAAAGCCCUGUGAAGCCAGUCUCUGGUCAUCCCACAAAAUGGUGCUAUUCCUACCGGAUAACUUACUGAGACUAAAGAUAACUUAUUAUUGAUGUUGGGGGGGGAAAGUGCUGUAGAAUGCAGUUCUGAGAUCAGUUUUUGGCACAAGUACAUUCUGAAGCUGAGCGAAGAUCUGCCCCUGCAAGCACUUUUAACUCUCAUGUUCUCUGUGCACUGAAAUGGUUUUAAUUCUGUGUUCUCAGUCUUUUGUGGUAAAGAAUAGUGAUGGAUUGCAUGAUUUCACUUUUAGAUGUUGGUAAUAAUGACAUCUGAACUUUGAUUCGUACUCUCUAUUUAUACUUUGAAGGACACUUUUAUUUUUCAUCCAAUCAAAUUUGAAUAAUUUUACAAGAAAUGUUUGUUAUGCAUGCAGCUCUUCUUAGCUCUGUAGAUUAUGCUUAUUGCAAUAUUAAAUGUUGACGAGAGAAGAUAUUCAAAUUACCUCAGUAUUACAAAUGCAAAAUGAACUAUAUGCAGCAACAGUUAGUCACACAUGCAUUCAGAGAGAGCUGAGAAGGCUUUUCGUUUCAUUUUUCUUGUGAGAUUUAAACAGUAUUGCUCCACAUCCAAAUGGCACUAGCCUCACUGUGUACACUGAGUCUUAAUAUUAAACUUCCACCAGAUGAA